AUGGUAACUGAUAUUGGAGGAUGCGAUAUUCAGAAGCAAGAAAUCCAUGAAGCAGUGGAACUUCCACUUAUUCACCAUGACUUAUACAAACAGAUUGGAAUAGAUCCGCCAUGUGGUGUAUUGCUCUAUGGCCCACCUGAAACUGGUAAAACAAUGCUAGCUAAGGCUGUGGCUAACCAUACAGUGGCUGCUUUCGUUAGAGUUGUUGGUUCAGAAUUUGUUCAGAAGCAUUUGGGUGAGGGUCCACGAAUGGUUCGUGAUGUUUUUCGUCUUGCCAAGGAGAAUGCACCUGCCAUCAUCUUUAUUGAUGAGGUUGAUGCUAUAGCUACUGCAAGGUUUGAUGCUCAAACUGGAGCUUCAAGUUUGUAG